UGGUAGUGGGGCCGGCACCGGGGAGGAGGGGGAGAGAGCGGGGUCGUCCGGGACAUCUGAUCUGGGAUCUGCUCGCAGUUCCAAGCAGACAGUCGGCGGUUUGUUCCGAGCGCAGCUCGUGUGGCCCGCGCCGGGACGUCAGCGAAAGUUCGGGGGUAAAGUUGGAGUCUCCGGCUCGGUGACUUCUGGAGUCUUUACUUUUCUUCACCGAGGAAGGCUCACUCUCCGUCCGAGAAUGGAUAAAUACGAGGAUCUGGGACUCGAGGCGAGCAAGUUUAUUGAGGAUCUGAACAUGUAUGAAGCCUCCAGAGACGGUUUGUUCCGGACCAGGAGGGAUGCGGGGAACAACCCGGACUUUGAGGAGACCCGGAGAGUUUUCGCCUCGAAGAUGACAAAGAUCCACCUCCAGAAGCACCAGGAGGAAAUGGCCAAGAGCAACCAGGCCAUUAAAAUGAACGGGGGUCACAGCAGCGCGUGCUACCCCAAAGACAGACCCCCUCUGAACAGCUACAGGCAGCCGGGUGAAGCCGCUGCCAAGCCCCCGCUGCUGUCCGGCCCGGCGCCCCAGAUGGACGGUCCGAAGGGCCACGCAGGGGUUCAGCCCGAUGCCAGCAGAGUGUUCAGCUACGGGAAUCACUCUGAAACCAGGGAGCCCCAGUCAUACCAGCACACCUUCAGCGGCACCCCUGCACAUGCGCGUCACACGCCUCCAGCCUGGAGCCUUUCCAGGGAGAACCAGAGCUCCCCUUCUUCUGGAUCCAUCGGCAGCGCCUCUCCUUUGCCUCACAGCCAGUCGGCAUCUCCAACCAACAGUCUUCCAUCUCAACAUCAGGCCUCCGCCGCCAAGAGGUGGUCAGGAGAGUCUUCGGGGUCAGGCAGGUCAGACACCCUUCCAGCCUUGCCUCUCGGUGCCUUCACUGGGGGGGGCGUGGACCUUCAUGUUCGGCCUCAGUCCAGUGCCUCGCCAAGACCCACCCAGAAUGGUCUCUCCACUCCGGUGGCCUCUGAAACAUCUCAGCAGAAAGCGCAGGGCUCUUUCGCCUUCAUUAACUCUGGAAGUGUACCCCAGAGCUCCGCGUUGAACCAUGCUGUCAAAGUGGAUCCACCUGCUCCGGCGUCCCCAAACGCCUGUCCGCCGGUGACCCAGCCCUUGGACCAGGGGCCCUCGAUGGCUGAGGUGAAGCUGGAAGCUCUAACGAAGAGACUGGAGAAAGAAAUGGACGGCCUACCAAAGGCCGACUACUUUGGUGUCUGUGUGAAGUGCAGCAAGGCCGUGUACGGAGCCAGCCAGGCGUGCCAGGCCAUGGGGAGUCUCUAUCACGACAGCUGCUUCACCUGCAGCGCCUGCAGUCGGAAGCUGAGGGGGAAGGCCUUCUACUACGUCGGAGGGAAGGUGUUCUGUGAAGAGGACUUCCUGUACUCGGGCUUCCAGCAGUCAGCGGACAAGUGCAACGCGUGCGGACACCUGAUCAUGGACAUGAUCCUGCAGGCCCUCGGGAAGUCCUACCACCCCGGCUGUUUCCGCUGCGUCAUCUGCAACGAGAGCCUGGAUGGAGUGCCCUUCACCGUGGACACUGAGAACAAGAUCUACUGUGUCAAGGACUAUCACCGAGUGCUGGCGCCCAAGUGUGCGGCGUGUAAUCAGCCCAUCCUGCCCUCGGAGGGCUCUGAUGAAACUGUCCGCGUGGUGUCGAUGGACAAAGACUAUCACGUGGAGUGUUAUCACUGUGAGGAAUGUAAACUGGAGCUGAACGACGAGGAGGGUCACCGGUGCUACCCGCUGAACGGCCACCUCCUCUGCCACUCCUGCCACCUGAAGCACAUCGAGCCCGGCUUCUCCUCCUCCACCGCCGCCUUCUAACUGCAGACUGGGCGCCACCUGGUGGAGCUCCGGUGGAACUGCCAAAAGCGAUGCGGACAAUUCUUGUUGUAGAGGAUUGAUUUAAAGCGUCUUCUCAUGUCAAAGGAUGAAGGUUUUUCAUAGAUGACGGAAGAAUGGAGAGAUGAAGUUCUCCCUAAACGAAUGCAGACGAACAUAGCUCUCCUCCUGCUGCAGAUUUAAAGUUAUUGUUAAAUUAUAAUUGUGUUAUGAUCAGGUGCCGUUGCUGUGUCAAUGCAUUUUCUAGUCUUUAGCUCACGUAUUUUUUUAGACCUAAAUAUUACUCAGAGGGUAUUUUUCAGUCUUGAUAUUUAUAAAAUGAAGAAUAUCUCAAGUCCUUAUUAAAACUCACAUGACAGGAGCAAUUUAUUUGUUCAUUCAUUUCACCUGCAAGUGCACGACUCCCUAUUUAUAUGGAAUAUUAAUCACCAUGGGCUGAUUUUCUUUCAUCACAACGUGCCUUUGUAUGUCAAUUGAAUUGAAUUUUGGAACCUGCUAGCAUUUACUCUGACCAUGUUGUCUGACUGUGGCACUUACUGUAUCGAUUCUGAGAGUUUAUAUUUCUUUGCUUAAAGUUUAUACAUUAUAAAGGUCUGUCGUAUGUAUGCAUUUAGCCUUUCAUCUUUGAUUCUCCAUUUGCAUUGUGCUUAACUCCUCAAAUUAGUAUCCUGUCUUGCAAAUAUUAUUGUCCUGUCUUGAGUGUACUAACUUAAUUUUUUUUGUCAUUUUUUUCAUAGCCAGCUUAAUAAAAACUUAUUUGCAAUUUGAAU